GAUGACCUUUGAAAGUUUUAAUAGAACAAGCUGUCUGAAUUCAACAUAGUGCAGCUUCCACGUCUCUUCUCUUCACCAACCAGAAACCUCUCUCUCUCUCUCUCUCUCUCUCUCUCUCUCUCUCUUUGGUUUUGGAUGGUGGUUUUUCUUAUCUCUGCAAAACCACCUCUCUUCCUCAGCCAUGGAGUUCCACCAUAGAAAGCUCUUAAUAGAAUCAAGGAAAUCAAACAUUUCAGAGGUCUGCCUAUCAUCCUGUGAUUCAGAAAAAAAUGUUUCUGGAUUUUGUCGCUCACCAUGUUUGACUUUCUGUCCUGACAUCUGCCACUCUUCUAUCAUAUCUGGAUAUGAUGAAACAAAAAAAUCCAAUAAUUCCUACACCUUCGUGGCUGUUGCAUCAUCUUUGAUUGUAGCCACUUUUCUUCUUGUUGGUUUGUAUGUUUUCUAUGCAAAGUACUAUUCAACCAGGAGAAGAUCACAACCACAACAGCAACCUUUAUCAGAGGAGACCCAUGAUGACUAUAUAGAUGAAGAUCAUGGGCCGGUGCUUGACCACCCCAUCUGGUACAUCAACACCAUCGGUCUCCAGCAAUCGAUUAUCAGUUCGAUCACAGUAUGUCAGUACAAGAGAGGUAAUGGUCUUGUUGAAGGUACAGAGUGUUCUGUGUGCUUGAGUGAGUUUCAAGAAGAUGAGACUUUGAGACUUUUGCCUAAAUGCAAUCAUGCUUUUCAUGUUCCUUGUAUUGAUACAUGGCUUAGAUCCCAUACCAACUGCCCCAUGUGUCGGGCACCGAUCGUCAAACCCUUGGCAACCCCUGCACCAGAACCAAAUCUUGCUGUCAGUAUUCCAGAAGAAGAAACCCAGGUGGAGAUUUCGGAAAAUAUCGGUGAAUCUAGUGAAGAAAUGGGAGAGGAAAUUUGUGAGAUUAGAAUUGAAACAGAGGAAAACAGAGAGGUGAUUGGAAAGGAGAGAGAUAAAAUCCCAAUUGAAGAGGUGAAUGGACUAGUGGAGCCAAGAAGGUCGGUUUCCAUGGAUUGUUUAUCAGCUUCAAAGAUCAGUCUGGAGCUUUCUAAUCUCCCUGCAGUGGAAUCUGAAAGGAAUUCAAAUACCAAAUUGGUUGCGGUAAAUAAAUUAAACAGGGAAAUUGUUCCCAGGAAGACUGGUGGAAAUCAGAAGUUGCAAAGACAGAAGGGCAGUUCUUCAAAAGGGAGGUCUCUGCAAAAUGUUCCUCUUACUAUGAAGAGGUCAUCUUCCUGCAAUGGGAAAGUCUUGUUCUGCAGGGAUGUUCAAAACAGUGACUCAGUUUCCCAAUUGAGGAGCUUUUGAUCUCAAUUUUCUUUUUGUCAUGUUUUGAUCCUCUUUUCCUUGUCUGGUAAGGCAUCUAAAAACCUGGGAUGUCUCUGAAGUUCUGAACUCUCAGCAAUCUGAGAGUGUUUUUUUUUCAUUACUUUAUCAGAUUACAUACAUCAAUAAAUUCCUGUUUGUACUAAAGUUUAUGUCAGAACUAGAAAAUUGAGUGGCCCAAAGGGGGAUUCACAGCUUUUAAAUGUAGUAUCUGAAAAGAAUCAAUCAAUUGUAGAUGAAACCUUUUUUUUCUUUUGAACGAAAGAUGACGAGAUUU